GCUUUCGUCUACUUGCUUACUGGCUGGCGAGCCGUGCGGAGCGUUCGCCAAGGAGCUCUCUGAGACCAAGGCACCCCUGUGCUGAGGAUACAGGCGCACAGAGCCGCAAGUUAGGAGAGCCCUGCCCGGGAUAGCGGGGGGCUAGGGGUGGUGUCCCGCUCCUCGCCGGCGGGAUGAGCCCGGGGCUGGCCAGCAUGAGUGCCAGCCUGCUGCUGCUUCUCUGCCUGUUCGCGCAUGAAACCAAGUCAGCAAGUGUCUCGCUGGCCCAGGAUCCAGAGGGGCCCCAGUUGAUCCCUGUAGCUUUGAGUCACAGCAUGGAAGACUUAGAGUUCUACGAGCACGAAGAUCAUCUUUGCAGAAAGUGUCCUGCAGGUUUCCAUGUUGAAAAGCACUGUGUUAUCUCGAACACUAGCGGGAAGUGCUCUCGGUGUGAAGAAGGAGCUGAAUUCACAGAGUACCCCAAUGCGCUUCCCAAGUGCCUGACUUGUCGUGUCUGCAGAAAAGAUGAGGUGCAGCUGAGUAGGUGCAACAGCAGUAAGAACACGCAGUGUGCUUGCAAGAACGGUACCUUCUGCUCUCCAGACUAUCCCUGUGAAAUAUGCCGGAGGUGUAGACUCAGGUGUCCUGAAGGAGAUGUGCAGGUCAGUUCCUGCAUGCCACAAAGUGACAUCCAAUGUGAACAUCCCACAGGCCCGCCUCCUGCGGCAGGCGGCAUUGCAGGCUGGACGGCAGUUGGGAUUGUAGCGCUAGUCGUCGUCUUGAUCUUGCUUGCAGUCUUGUGGUGCUGGUACAGUCGCAACUCAUCUUCUGGAGGUGAUUCAAGAAAGAUGUCAGCCAGCUUCAAGUUUUCCUUAACAAAGGCGCGUAUCCUGUCACCACUGAGGAGCUGCACUCGAGGGAGGCUGGCAACUCAGGACAACAGGCGGAAUGAGCAGUUGGAUCAGGAAUCCCAGCAUGGGUUGCUGGCUGUGUCAGACCCUAAAGAAGCAGUAAGGAAGAAUAGCCAAUGUGAGACUACGGCUCUAUCUGCAGCAGACAGUGCCCUCAAGCAGGAGAGAAACCCAGCAUCUCAAAUGGUGAGCAGGAGGAAACUGGUUCCAGGGAGAGGAAAGGACCCAAUCGAGACUUUGCGGUGCUCCUUCGACACCUUCACUCAAGAAGUGCCCUUCAAGGACUGGAGGCGGUUUGGGAGAGCCCUCCUCCUCACAGAAAACGAGAUUGAGAUCGCGGAGAGGAGUGACAAGUACUCACAGGAGCCGCAUUACCAGAUGUUAUGCACCUGGCUGAACAAAGCAGGAGUAGGGGCUUCUGUCAACCAGCUACUGGAGACACUAGAUAAGAUUGAUCUCAGGGGCAUUGCAGACAUUAUCUGCUCCAAGCUUCGUGGCCUUUAUGAGGAAGAAGAAUUAAACUGAGGAACAGGGUGGGAUUGCCUCGCUUCUCUCCAAGCCAGAACCAUAAAUGCCUCUGAAAUCCUGGAUACCCUCUGCCCAAAGAUCCCCUGGGCUGCUCCUGAGUAAGGCAUCCUUGAUAGAUACCAGCUGGGCUGGGGGAGUUGGUUGUCUUCUAGAGACAAGAGCCUUGCAAGCCCUCUAGGAAGAGUGAUGUUGCAAAAGCUGUUGAACAAACAGGUUCUUCCUCUGAAUGACUGAAUCUAAGUUACUGUCAGACAUCCAGGCUGGGAUUUCCUUGUAACACUCUCUGUUGCAAUGACUCUGCUAAUAUGUUAUUGUGGAGCACCACUGGAAUCUUACCCUGGUGGGUAUUGGCAUCGCCUGGCUCUUUCCGGCUGCAGGGACUUGGCUGUUGGCAGCUGGCGGGAACUGCAACUGGCAAAGCUGGCAUGUUUGUCGUUCAGGGCCACCUCCGAAAGCUCUGACUAAAUGUUAUACCUCCUGCUGCUGCUGGAUGCUUUAGCCUUCUAGAAAACUUGACAAGCCUCAGCCAGCUGGCCAGAGCCUCUACCUCCAUCUAUGAUAGGCAGGUUUUAAUUGGUUCCUGGGUCACUUGUUACCUGCUGUACAUUUUAGCUGUAGCUACCUGUUUUAUUUGUUGUAGGGUUAGACCAUCUAGUACCUAAAACCUGAGGACUUUACUGGAGUGAGGGGCAGAUAACUGUCUACCCUAUUGGUACUGAAACUGUGAUGCGGGGGAUUGUUGUCUUUUUAGAAGACGCCAAAUCCCAGCAGAGAGGAAUAAUGGCUCAGUGGUUAGAGCACUACAUGGGACUCGGGAGACCUGGGUUCACAUCCUUGCUCCGCUAGACUUCAUGUGGGACCUUGGGUGGGUCCUCUGUGCCUCCAUUCCCCUUCUGAGCAAUGGGGAAAAUAGCCCUGCCCUACCUCACAAGGGGCUGUGAAGUUAAACAUGUGUUCCUCCCCUAUCAGAUGCAUAGGGAUGCACUGUCCGGACACCAGUCCUAGUAUCUUUUAUACAUCGUUCAGGGACAAUUUUAUUGGCUGUUGGAAUUACCUGCAGUUACUGAGCUGGCUGAACCUGACCUAUCUGCAAGGGGCAACCAUCCAGCCCUCCAACAAGCCAGAUUGGCGCCUGCAGGCUGGUCUCACCACACCAGCCCUUGUUAGUGGGCCUCUGCUCAGCAUGCAGAUUGGACAGCAGUCACUUCACCUCCAGCAUCCCAUGGAAAAGAUGGAGGCUACUCAUGCUUGAAUGUCAAAAGUACCCUCCCCUUCCCUGACACAAUCCCUCCCUGGAUUUUAAAGCUGUGCUUAAAAGAAGAAGUAAGAGUAGAUGCCAUAUUUAUGUAUUUAUUAGGAAUUUUAAGUGUAAAUAUUAACUUAAAAGGUAAUAUAAAAAUAGGACUUUUUUUCCAGUGUGAUAGUUGUUUAUACAGAGCUCUAGCCCAGCCAGUUUUUUUAAAAUAUUUCCAGUUUUUAUACAUGACUUGUAUGAAGGAAGAAUAAACUUUUUAUACGCUAAAAUGUCUCAUUCUUCCUCCCGCCUGCAGCCUCCAGCCACAAUGUUGACUUAGUGGUCUGGGUUUCAAUGGAGAUCGAGCUGGUGUGUAUCUACUGAGCUCACACGUUUACAUCAUCUGGUUCACACAGUUCAUUGUGGCUUAUGUUAUGAUCCUCCCACACUGGUUUUCCCCUUCAUGGCAGUAAACACAGCAUAGCAAACUCUUGCUCCUGGGUAUCUGCAUCUCUCCUCUCUCCACUAACCAAGGACAUUUGACACCUAUGUGGCACAGCUGUAAAUUACAGCAGGUGCCUGGCAAAGGAGAAUCAGACCUUCAGUGGCACUUGCCCCAAACCCAUCUUGUUUUGUGUCAAAACCAACAUUUGCCUGGCAGAAGCAGUCAUUCACUGUAAUAAGCUUUCUGGAGGUGGGAGUGGGGCCUCCUUGAUAGGUUUAUGUAGCAUCAAAGCUAGCACUGAUGCUCUUAUAAAUCGCUGCAUCUUCACUAAGCCAGGUUGAAGAGAAACUGCACCCUAGGGAGCUUAACACGGGUCUGGCUUUCAAGGAAAGGUUGGCAUGUCUCAAAUGAGACACAACCAGAGGUUGAUAUCUGGGUUCUGUACCCCCCCACCAACUUCCCCAUCAUUGCAGAGGGAGAGGCUGGCUCCUAAGGCUAGCAUGCCAUCGGGCAUAAGG